AUGACCUCGCCACCAAGAAUUAGUCGCAGGAAAGUGCAAACCUCAGUCGUGGACCCGUCGCGUACAUGGUACCAACAUCCGUUUGUUGUCUUCAGCAUACCGUUCAUUGCCCUUCUAUGCAUUCCUCAUAUCUACAACAUCCUGGUCACCCAAGGCUCAUCUCAUCCAUACAAUGAAGUCCAGCUGCAAGACAUUGCUACGUUGCUAGAUGGCAUCUACACGACGCUAGCGAACAUGACUUUCAUCCCGCACACAUCCAUCAAGCGCGGGCCGCAUGAAAUUAAUAUGACUGCCAUCAGAUGCAAACGCGAUCCAACUGUUCUUCGCCUCAUGGAGAUCCUGCCGUACGUCGACAGCUCCCAAAUCCAGGAGCCGGACUGGCUGUUUGGCGGGCACUUCAUGGAUUACCGAAGGCAGGAUCACCUCGAAGAAGGUUGCGAUCCUCUUCGCGCGAGUGAGUACUGGGACUACAUGACACCGCAUACUCUCGCUCUGACGAAUUGGGGUACUGGCGGUUGGAAUGGUGACCGCACGUGGGUACUGAUGUACGAUACAAUACGGCAUGCAAUAAAGGUCUACGAAGGCGAAAAGUGGAUUGCGCAAACCACGGACCUCGAAUUAAACGAUGAUGAUGUUAGCGGCAUCAGCAUCUUCGGUGCGGGCAUUGAGGCGGACAAGUCAAUAUGGGCCAGAAACGAUUACCAGUGGGCGGAAUGGUUCGAUGCUUCAAUCCUAUUAGAUAGGCUGAAAGUAGCAUACCAAACCGCUGCAUGGUCACCGUGGGAAACCUCACAUCGAGAAACCGGCUGGGGUGUCGAUUCUGGUGCCAUCAUCAAUCUCUUACAUAAGAAUGGUUGGCCACAGUCUUUCAAUUCCGACCAGUUCAAUGUAGACUUUAUUCGAGCAAGGAAUGCGCCCUCGCGACGAGGCGACGCCGAAGAUGCCUUCAAGCGCAUCGAAGAGCUACAGGGUACCGUUCAGUCUGAUCAUAGCCCUAUGGAUCCUGGACAGAUUGUGCACACUAAGGCCCGACUAGCACAGCUUGAAGAUCAAGUAGCGAAAGCAUUGGACGAGGACGAGAAAUGGUUGUCCAAAUGGCGUGUGCAGCAAAAAAAGUGGGACCUUGAGCGGGAUGAAGCUGAUCUGGAAGAAGCCAAACAAGAAGUACAGCGGCUGUGUCCGGGCCAUGUUUGCUAUAAAGAUGAAGACAUCAUCUUGUAUGAGUUCAGAGCCUUAGAGAAGGAAUAUGAGAAAGCGAAGCACGAUAAGAAUAUACCCACUAAAUGCCAGAAACAGGUCGAAAACCUCCCAGACUGGGUACCGCCAGAUACCGACCGCCUCCAUAACUGCAUCACCCAACUGAAGCUCGAAAAGUAUUGGCUAUACCUCGCCUACUCUCAAUCCAAGUCUGAAGCGCUUGAACACUGCACGAAAACCAAUGCCACUCUCCUCCCAUCGGAUACACUCCAACAUCACGUGAAGGUAGCAAUCGCGAAGCUAGAGCGAGAUAUUGCCCGCGAUGAAGACAGGAUGUGGAAGAUGGUUGCUUGGGAGCAUAAUCUACCAGCACAUGCUACAAAAGCGAUCGAAGACUUCCGAAUAUGGGAAAGUGCCGUCGCCAAUGGGCGGUGGUAUGGAAGAGACAGGAUUGAGUGGUUCGAGGAACAGUUCGCGGAAGGCGGGGAUAAAGGGAGACUUUGGCGAUGUCUGGACGACCCGGAAUGCAUUUGA